AUGUUAGAUGAAAUUCAUAGACAAGAACGUGAAGAGAUGGAAAACAAGCUUGAAGCAAAAGACAAAAGCAUUCAGAAAAGAAUACCACGUUCGGUACCAAAAGGAAAGGAAAAGAACUAUAAGUAUAUGAUUUAUACUGAAGAGUUGGAGAAUGAAGAAGACAGAGAUAUGGUUAUGUUGCAUUUAGUCAGAAGAAACAACAAAAGCUUUUACGACCUUGCUAAGAUUUACAAAUCUGACAGAAAUUGGUUCUAUCGCGAAAACUUACCGAUUUCAAUGACACCGAAUGAAGAUGUGAAACAAAUAGUUCAAGAUACGUUACCUCAAACACACUAUGAUAUUAAAGGUUGUACAAUACUUACAUUCAAAGAAGAUUUGCCGCUACUGAAAGAAAAAAUAACAGAGUAUUUUGACAACUUCAAACAAGCAGAGUAA